AUGGGCCAGUGUCCAUCUUUAGACAAAGAUUGGCAUACACAGUUAUCAUCAACAUCUAAUGAACCGUCUUUGCUUAAUAAGCCAUAUGUAAAUUUGCCGAAUACAGAACCAGCAUAUUCUUAUUUUUAUCCUACUCGGACAUAUCUGUCUAGUUUUUAUGAUAAACAUUUGGCAGAACGAGACCGGGUUUUAAACCAGGAUUCAAAUGCAUUUGUACAUGAAAACCAAACAGGUGUUUUGACGUCAUCUUUUUGCAAUCCGGGGACGAAUAUAUUGAAUAAUACAGGUAGAUCGGAUGCAUCAUUCUCUACGUUUAAGCAAUGUCAAUAUCAUGCGUGUUCUCGUGGUUUUUUAUCGCCUGCUAGCUCUUUAGAUCGAGAAACUGAUUAUGAUUUUCAAUUUUCAGACUAUAAUUCGCCAAUGAUGUCUGGAAAGAUUUCAGACGGGUCUUUUCAGGCACUGGAUGGAUUUCCAGAGUAUACAGAAGAAUUUAGAGAGUCUUCUCCUGGUUCUCUGGAUCCUCCUUCGCAUAUUGUCACUGGUGUAUCCGGGAAACCGUGCUCGUAUGCACAAUUAAUUGCUUAUGCUAUUUCAACAUCUUCAACUCAGAAAAUGACACUAUCUGAAUUGUAUAAAUGGUGCACAGAUAAUUUUCCUUAUUUUAAAGAAUCUCCUAGUCAAAGUUGGAAAAAUACUAUUCGGCAUAACCUUAGUUUAAAUAGAAAUUUUAUUCGAGUGCCUAGACCUGUUAAUGAGCCUGGAAAAGGAAGUUAUUGGACUCUUAGUAAAUUCGGGCCUAAACAUGGUGUAAAAGUUCCAGACCGACAAAAAAGUCGAGGUCGUCCUAAUAGUUCUCAUUUCUGUGAUUCAUCACUUGGCUCGACUAAUAAACUAGAUGAAGAGAAAGAUUCAUGUUAUUAUUGUCAUCCUCAUUUACCUUAUCCACCGCAAAAAAAUCAAGAAACUUUGCUACAACCGUUUAAUAAUUAUUCAGGCAGUCCAGCGUUUUAUCCAGCAUCUAAUAUGCAACAAAUGUUUCAUUCUCCUGUUUUUCAACCUGAACCUCUUUCUCACGAUCGUUCGAUUCCUACUCAUCCAUCUGCGCAACCAUAUAGCCCGUUUCGUUAUGGUGUUUAUCAACAAUCUGAUAUUCAGUCUUGUUUGGAUUCUGUAUAUGUCAAAAAUAACAAGAAUAGAACAGGAUUUAUGUCAAAUAAUAUGCAGUAUCAGCCUUAUGAGACUCAGAAGCCUUAUGAGACUCAGAAGCCUUAUGAGACUCAAAAGUCUUAUGAAGCUAUUCCGAUAUGCAAUAAUCGUAGUUAUUUAAACCAAUCAUUAAUAUCCCAACCAUCUUAUUUUCAGUCAUACGAUGAUGAUUUAGAUCAUAAUAGUAUAUGA